AAAUCCAUCAUAUGAAUGUAAAUUUGGAAGAGAAAAAAUUAUCAAACAACCAUAACCACAGUAGUGUAAGAAUUUUUCGCAAAAAAAAUUUGCAUGUAAAAGGAAAAAAACGUAUUUUGAACAACAUCUCAACAGCUACAACCAACAAAAACGGCAAUAAUGUGACCAGUUGGCCUAUUAAUAAUAAGGAAAUGUUGUUGAUAAAUAACAAUAUCAAUCCAGUAAAAGCUAAUAAAUCCGCCAACAACAACCGCAGCAACAAAAAUAAUAGUGGUGGCAAUAUCGAUGAUGAUCAAUCAACAUCUGAAUCAAUCUAUUCAAAUGAAUAUGUUGUCGUUGGUCAUGACGAUUAUCCACAUAAACAAUUAAUGCUACAAAAAGAGCAUAACCAUCGACAACAACAACAAACACAGGAUGAGGAGGAAAAGUUCAUCAGACAGCCAUUAUUGGUGGAUAAUUUGAUGGCAAUGUCCAAUGAAUUGCCCCCAUUGACCGCUGCAUUGCCAAUGCAUUAUUUAAGCCACGAAUCAUCCUCGAUGGAUUCACCACCACUAUUUGCUUCUGCUGAUCCAACAAAUAUAGCAAGUUUAUAUAAUACAUUGCCACAUUCAUCUUCAAAAGUAUCACAACAAGCCGGUACAACAACAGAACUUACAAAUAGUUUGAUUGAGAAACCAAUUCUAAUCUCGCAUCAUCAUUCAUUUAAUCCAAUAACAUCAUUAAAUCAUCAACAACAAUCGAUUAGUCAUUAUUAUGAUCCAGUAUCAUCAUUGAAUUCAGGUCUCGAAUCAUCUGGAUUAAUCGAUACAACAUUAUCACCAUUAUCAUCAUAUCCAAAAGAGGCAGCUUUAUUAUCACAACCAAUAAUACAUCAUCAUCAUCAUCACAAUGAACAUUUAUUCAAUGGAAUAUCAAUGGAUUAUAUUCCUGGUAUACCGGGUAAACCUUGGAAAGAUUAUCCGCUGUAUAGUCAAGUGCCAAAAACAACAUUUCAUUGUAAUGGUGCAUAUGGUUAUUUUGCUGAUAUUGAAACCAGCUGCCAGGUAUGGCAUUAUUGUCAACCGGAUGGUCGUCAUGAUUCAUUUCUUUGUACGAAUGGUACAUUAUUCAAUCAGAUGACAAGAGUUUGUGAUUGGUGGUAUAAUGUUGAUUGUAAAAUGUCUGCACAUCAUUAUGGUGUUAAUGCUGAUCUUUACAAACAACCAUUAAUAUUACACGAUUUAACACAUUUACAACCAUCGUCACAUCAUCAUCAUCAUAAUUUGAUCUAACAAUAACAAUUUUUACUACACACACACACACAACCAUCACCCAUAUAUGACACAUUUCUGAAAAUCAAUUUUUUUGUUGUUGUCCACAGACGGGAAUCGGGAGAAUUAAUAACACAAACACUUGUUGAAUGGGGUUGACAUUCAUUCAAUGGAAAAAAUUUAAGCUUUUUUAAUAAUUAUGUCACUUGUUGAUUUUUUUCACA